AUGCCGAAAGUCAACGGGCAAGUGAAUAAAUGGACAAAACUGCUUCGGGAAGCUAAGCUAGGCAAGCUGAAACUUGAGAGGCCGAGCAGAAGCCAGUCACUUAUAGCUAUGGAUCCAAUCUUAUACAAGGCAGCCGAAGAGGGAAAUGUCAAUGUCCUCAUGCUAAAAGAUGGUGAUGAACUUGAAGUCCAAGUGACCCCCAACCAAAACACAGUCCUCCACAUCGCAGCUCAAUUCGGCCAAACACAAUGUGUGAAAGAAAUCUUACAUAAGUGCAAUCGAUCACUGCUUUGUUAUGUGAAUAUCAAAGGUGAGACUUCACUUCACAUUUCAGCAAGGGAAGGACACUCUGCCACGGUACAAGCACUCGUUGAAUAUGCGAAAUCAUUGGAAAAGGACGCCGAAAGUGGGAGUGGAGCUACUAAGGAGAUGCUUAGGAUGAGGAGUGUGGAGGGUGAGACGGCCUUGUACGAGGCUGUGCGAAAUAAUCAUCUUGAUGUGGUUACAAUUUUGAUGAAAGAAGACCCGGCGUUUUUACAUCCACCCAACAAAGCCAAGGAGAAUCCACUUUACCUGGCUGCCCAAAGACAAUAUCUAUCUAUUCUGUCCGAAAUUUUGGAAAAUACCAUUUCCAAAGCUUACAUUUCACAAGCUUACAAUGGUCCAAAUGGACGAACAGCUUUACACGCAGCAACAAUUUCUUAUGACAAAGAAUGCAUAAAAAAAUUACACGACUGGGAGUCAUCACUCAUCAAGAAAGCAGAUGUAUCUGGAUGGAGACCACUUCACUACGCCGCAUGGUUUGGUGAUGUUUCAGCAGUUAGGCAGCUACUUGAUCUAGAUAAAUCCGUGGCAUACCUUGCUGCAGAAGCAGAUGACAAUAAGACGGCUCUUCACUUAGCAGCUAGUCAAGAUUGCUGGGAAAGCAUCAACAGUAAAGGCCAGAAUAUCCUUCACAUUGCAGUGGAGCAUGAGAAAAGUGAAAUAAUUGAAUUUAUCUUAGAAAAUUCCUUUGCCAACAGCCUCAUAAAUCAGAAAGACAGAGAUCGAAACACACCUCUUCAUUUGUUUUGUGCUAAAUCCAAUUAUCUCAAGUACAGUCUCAAAGAUGACCCUAGCGUGGAUAGCACGGUCUUCCAAAAGAAAAUUUUGACUUCACUCAAAGUAGUAUAUGGUGACAACCGUGACAUGUAUCCACUGGAGGUACCAGAAGUGGGUCGCCAAAACAAAUUCAAAGUACGCAACGGAAACGACUCUGCUCGAUUGAACGAGUUGGCAAUUAAAAUUUCGGAUAACAACUUGAUAGUAGCUACACUUAUAGCGACCAUGACCUUUGCAGCUGGUUUCACCAUUCCAGGUGGCUAUGACGGCAAUGCUGGGCCAAAUCAAGGUAUGGCAGUUUUAGUAAGACGAGUAGCAUUCAUCGUAUUUGUUGUGACGGAUGCUAUUGCUAUGAUCUUCUCCAUUAAAGCUGUAAUUACCCACAUAUCUGCAUCGACUUACGAAGAUGAAGAUAAGCGUGCUAGUGGCUAUCGCAACGCUCUUGCAACCAUUAUAUGUGCUAUUGCAGCAAUGGUGGUUGCAUUUAUGAGCGGCUUUUAUGUUGUGUUGGCACAUUUACCGGUCCUCGCUAUCAGUGUAAUAGUCAUUUGUUGCCUCUUUCUUGUCAAUGCUUUAAGUUGGUUCGUGGACGCAUGCCUUGCAGUAGCUCAUGACUUUAAAAAUGACGUAAGGGUGUUUAUACGCACUGCUAUCGACUUCUUUCAUUGGGGAUUGCGCAAAGCUAUGGAGUUUUUCUUUUUGGGAGGGAUGACAGUAAUCCUCAUUGCAAUUGUGGCUGCCGUCCUUGGUGGCUUUGGAUUUCUUAUUUUUCUGGCAUUUAGAUUUAAAAUAAAGCAUAGGGAAAAGUGGUGA